CUGCAGCCCGGCCACUCGGGCUUCUCCGGGUUGCGGUGUCGCUGCGACGGCCAUGUCGCUGCUGCAGUCUGCGCUCGACUUCCUGGCAGGCCCGAGCUCCCUGGGCGGCGCUGCCGGCCGCGAUCACAAUGACUUCGGCCGUCCCCGGGAGGGGGAUGGGACCGUGCUGGCCCGCGGUUACCGACGGGGCGAAGGCCUCUGCGGGCCGGGGGCAGCUGCAGGCCCGGGCCGCCUCGGUGGCGAGGGUCGCCGUCGGGCUUGGCAGGCUCCAAAACCCUGUGGGGAGCUCUACCCGGGCUACGAGGGUGCUAUGGGCUGGAAUCGACUCGGGGGGUUUGCAUUUGUCUACGAAGCUCAGGACCUUGGCAGUGGUAAAGAGUAUGCUUUGAAGAGGCUGCUGUCCAGCGAGGAGGAGAAGAGCNGAGCCAUCAUCCAGGAGGUCUGCUUCAUGAAGAAGCUGUCGGGCCACCCCAACAUCGUGCAGUUUUGUUCUGCGGCGUCCAUCGGGAAGGAGGAGUCGGACACGGGCCAGGCUGAGUUCCUGCUGCUGACAGAGCUCUGCAAAGGACAGCUGGUGGAUUUUGUAAAGAAAAUUGAGGCUAGAGGGCCUCUGUCGUGUGAUACAGUUCUGAAGAUCUUUUACCAGACGUGCAGAGCGGUGCAGCACAUGCACAAGCAAAAGCCACCCAUCACACACAGAGACCUCAAGGUUGAAAAUUUGCUGGUCAGUGACCAGGGGACCAUCAAGCUGUGUGACUUUGGCAGCGCCACGACCUUGUCGCACUACCCUGACUACAGCUGGAGCGCUCAGAAGCGGGCAACGGUGGAGGAGGAGAUCACACGGAACACGACCCCCAUGUACCGGACGCCCGAGAUGGUGGACUUGUACUCCAACUUCCCCAUCUGCGAGAAGCAGGACAUCUGGGCCCUGGGCUGCAUCUUGUACCUACUCUGCUUCCGGCAGCAUCCUUUUGAGGAUGGAGCAAAGCUUCGCAUCGUCAAUGGGAAAUUCUCCAUCCCCCCCAGCGACACCCGCUACACAGUCUUCCACGACCUCAUCCGCUCCAUGCUGAGGGUUGACCCUGAGGAGCGGCUGUCCAUCACCGAAGUGGUCAACCAGCUCCAAGAAAUUGCUGCUGCCAGAAACAUGAACCCAAAGUCACCUAUCACAGAGCUCCUGGAACAGAAUGGAGGCUUCGGGAACAGUGCCCAGCCCCGAGGGCCGCCCCCACCAGGGGCUCUGGGUGCCCGGCCCUCAGGCACCAUGAACAGCGGGUACAGUGGAGGUCUGGCGCUUGCGGAGUACGACCAGACCUACAGCGGCUUCUUGGACAUCCUCAGGGGAGGCACGGAGCGGUUGUUCACCAACAUCAAGGACACUUCCUCCAAGGUCAUCCAGUCUGUCGCCAGCUACGCGAAGGGCGACUUGGACAUCUCCUACAUCACGUCCCGGAUUGCCGCCAUGUCCUUCCCGGCUGAGGGCGUGGAGUCUGCCAUCAAGAACAACAUUGAGGACGUGCGGCUCUUCCUGGACUCGAAGCAUCCAGGGCACUACUCAGUCUACAACCUGUCCCCCAGGACCUACCGGGCCUCAAGGUUUCACGGCAGGGUGACAGAGUGCGGCUGGGCCGCCAGGCGGGCACCCAACCUGCACACCCUCUUCAGCAUCUGCAGGGACAUGCACGCGUGGCUCAAGCAGGACCCCAGGAACGUGUGCGUGGUGCACUGCAUGGACGGGAGGGCUGCGUCGGCCGUGGUGGUCUGCUCCUUCCUGUGCUUCUGCCGCCUCUUCACCACCGCCGAGGCCGCCGUCUACAUGUUCAGCAUGAAGCGCUGCCCGCCAGGCAUCUGGCCGUCCCACAAGAGGUACAUCGAGUACACGUGUGACAUGGUGGCGGAGGAGCCCAUCACGCCGCACAGCAAGCCCAUCCUGCUGAGGGCCAUCGCCAUGACCCCCGUGCCCCUGUUCAGCAAGCAGAGGAGCGGCUGCCGGCCCUUCUGUGAGGUCUACGUGGGAGACGAGCGCGUGGCCAGCACAUCCCAGGAGUACGACAGGAUGAAGGAAUUUAAGAUUGAGGACGGCAGGGCCGUCAUUCCCCUGGGCAUCGCAGUGCAGGGAGACGUGCUCAUCGUCAUCUACCAUGCGCGGUCCACCCUCGGAGGGAGGCUGCAGGCCAAGAUGGCGUCCAUGAAGAUGUUCCAGAUUCAGUUCCACACUGGGUUUGUGCCCCGCAACGCAACUACUGUGAAAUUUGCAAAAUAUGACCUGGACGCCUGUGACAUCCAGGAGAAGUACCCAGACCUGUUCCAGGUGAACCUGGAGGUGGAGGUGGAGCCUCGGGACCGGCCGAGCCGAGAGGCCCCACCCUGGGACGGCCUGAGCACCAAGGGGCUCAAUCCCAAAAUCCUCUUCUCCAGCCGCGACGAGCAGCAGGAGGUCCUGUCCAAAUUUGGGAAGCCCGAGCUCCCCAGGCAGCCCGGCUCCACAGCCCAGUAUGGUGCUGAGGCCGCGGCCCAGUCCCCAGAAGGGGAGACCACAGGGUCCGACUCACCGCAGAGCACCACCGAUGCCAACCGCUUCCUCCACACGCUGGACUGGCACGAAGGACAGGAAUCGGAACCCGACGUCGUCAACAGCAUCCCCAGCGAGAGCCCGCUCGUGCUGAUGGGCGACCGGGACGAGAGCGAACAGUCAGAAGGGGAAGCGGCUGUGGCCUGCCCCGAGGAUGGCUGGGGGGGCGCGGCCGAGGGCAGCCCAGCAGGCUGUCCGGGGACAGCUGAAGAGCAAGACCCCAUCUUUGCGGCCGAGACGCCCUCUCUUGUCUCGUCCCUAGCUGACCCAUUUGACCCCUUCCUGGUGCCAGCCGAGUCCGAAUCCCAGGCCUGUGCCGACCCCGAUCUCUUUGGCGAGUUCCUGCAUCCUGACCCCAAGCCGGUGCCGCCGGCCACCCACAGCGCCCCGCCCCUGUCCUCCAGCACGGACUUCCUGCACCUCGGAGACCUCCCCACGGAGCCUAGUAGGAUGGCCGCCUCCUCCAGCCACCCGGACCUCCUGCGAGGAUGGGACACGUGGGCCCCCAUGCCUGCCGCCGACGGUCCCCUCUUGUCAUCUGGAGGUCCGGCAGCAGCCCCACCUGGCCCCUCCACCAGCCGGACCAAGUCACAGAACCGGGACCCCUUUGCGGACCUCGGUGACCUUGGUGCAGGCUCACCCAGCGGCUUCAUCCCCAAGACGGCUCCGCCUCCCAAGGGCGGCAGCAGCUCCUGGCAGACGAGCCGGCCCCCUGCCCCAGCCACCUCCUGGUCCCCCCAGGCCAAGCCGUCCACUGCCAAAGCCUGCCCGCCGCCACGGCCCAACUACGCCAUGAACUUCAGCGUGAUUGGUGGCCGCGAGGAGAGGGGGGUCCGCACACCCAGCUUCACUCCAAAGCCCAAGGUGUCGGAGAGCGACUUUGAGGACCUGCUGCCCAACGACGGCUUCCCCUCCAAGGCUGACCGCAAGGGACCCAGGACCAUCGCCGAGAUGCGGCGGCAGGGCACAGCCAGGGACGCCGACCCGCUCAAACUGAAGCUCCUGGACUGGAUCGAGGGCAAAGAGCGCAACAUCCGGGCGCUGCUGUCCACACUGCACACGGUGCUCUGGGAGGGCGAGAGCCGCUGGACGCCCGUGGGCAUGGCCGACCUGGUGACGCCCGGCCAGGUCAAGAAGCACUACCGCCGGGCCGUGCUGGUCGUCCACCCCGACAAGGCCACGGGCCAGCCCUACGAGCAGCAUGCCAGGAUGAUCUUCAUGGAGCUCAAUGACGCCUGGUCCGAGUUUGAGAACCAGGGCUCCAAGGCUCUCUUCUGAGCAGGCCGCCCCGCCCGGCCACUUCACACCUGGGUCCAAGCGCUGCCCACGGAGCCCUCAGUCCUUGUCGAACAAGUGCUGCCCCCACGAUGGAGCCCCAGCCCGCCCGUCCACCCCCGGGGCCUGGGGCCUCACUGGCGGUGGAGCAAGCGCCAUUCCCCCAGAACUGGGGUAGGAGCGCCAUUCCAGAGCCGCCGGCUGCUGUCCACGUUCGCCCUGUCCCGAAGGAGAGGGCACGUGGCCCACUGCGGUGGGGAGGGGGCGUCUGGGGUGGCCACCCCCCAGGGCUCCGGCUGUCAGCUCGCUCUUGCUGGAAAUGUCUUUUCCUCCUUGGUCGGAAGGUGUACAUUUGCAUCUUGUGUUCUGUAAUCCGUCUGAUGACCGUCCUGUACAUAAUUAAACUAUUUUCUGAUGA